AUGUUCAUCCUUCCAUUCCUUUUGGCUGCUGGCAGCCUCCCCCUCAUUUCUGGGGCUCCAGUCGCAUCCUCUCUCUUACGCGCAUCUGCAGACGUGAAAGUUGAGCAAGCCGCGUCCAGCCACUCCCUCAGUGGACGCAGUAGCAACCUGUACGCCGCCGUCUUCGGCGGCAACGGCCUGGUGUCAGAUGGGUGGCCCAGCAUGGAGAACUGGAUCUCCAGCUUCGACGACAUGUUCGAGAGCAACAAGGAUAUCAUCGGGUCGUCGUGCUCGCAGUGGGGCGUCGCCGACACCACCGAGGACGAAAUGGCCACCAUGAAGACGGUCAUCAACACGAUCGCCGGCGAGAGCGGGGUCGACGCCCGCUUCAUCCUGGCCAUCGUCAUGCAGGAGAGCAACGGCUGUGUCCGUGUGCACACCACCGACAACGGCGUCACCAACCCGGGCCUGAUGCAGUCCCACAACGGCAAGGGCAGCUGCAACACCGGCGACAGCGCCCCCGAGAACGUCCAGGACCCCUGCCCCGAGUCCGAGAUUGAGCAGAUGAUCCGCGAUGGUACCAUGGGAACUUCCGACGGCGAUGGUCUGCAACAACUCAUCGAGCAGAACGGCGGUCUGAGCGAUGUCUCCGCGUACUACAAGGCUGCGCGCUGCUACAACUCCGGCUCGAUUGGUGCCGGCGGCAACUUGGGCGCCGGCGUCGCCACCCACUGCUACGCUUCGGACAUCGCCAACCGCCUGCUCGGCUGGUCCUCCGGCACUAGCAGCUGCAACGAUGCCACCAUCGCUACGCUCACCGGCAGCUCCUGGAGCGGUAGCUCCUCCAGCAGCUCUGGCAGCUCGUCCUCCGAGUCUAGCUCCACGUCCACUUCCUCUGCCAACCCCACCGGCGUGACCACUAUUCUCCCCGAGCCCGCGGCCACGUCAACCUCCACCUCCACCUCCAGCACCUUCAGCCCGACCUACACCCCCGCCGCAGUCACGCAGACUCCCGUACCCGAGUCUGCUGCGCCCCCCAGCACGCCCACUCCCGCUACGAGCAGCAGCGUUCCUGCCUCGCCGUCUGCAUCUGCGUCCGGCGUCCCCCUGUACCCAUACGCGACUUCGUCGUGCCAGCAGUACUACACCGUCAUUGCGGGCGACUACUGCCAGAAGGUGGAGGUGCAAUUUGGCGUUUCUGCGUCGGACCUGCAGAGCUGGAACCCCGGCUUGGAUGAUAGCUGCACGAAUCUCUGGAAGGGAUACCAGUAUUGUGUGAAAGCUUGA